CCUCCGGGCUGGCUGGCGGGGUUCGGGCUUCCCGGUUCCCUUUCCCUGCAAACCCCGGCAACUAGCCGGCGACGUCCUCGCUCCGGAGACGAGCGGCUGACAGUUCCGGCAGGGGCGCGGGGAACGCGCCGCGGGAGCUGGAGAUAACAGGAGGAAGUAACCAUGCAGGCAUUUCUAAAAGGUGCCUCUAUCAGCACUAAACCACCACCAACCAAGGACCGAGGAGUCGCUGCCACUGCAGGAAGCAGUGGAGAGAACAAGAAGGUUAAACCUGUUCCGUGGGUGGAGAAAUAUCGCCCAAAAUGUGUGGAUGAAGUUGCUUUCCAGGAAGAAGUAGUUGCAGUGCUGAAAAAAUCUUUAGAAGGAGCUGAUCUCCCUAAUCUUUUAUUUUAUGGGCCACCUGGAACUGGAAAAACAUCCACUAUUUUGGCAGCCGCUAGGGAACUUUUUGGGCCUGAGCUUUUUCGAUUAAGAGUUCUUGAGUUAAAUGCAUCUGAUGAACGUGGAAUACAAGUAGUUAGAGAGAAGGUGAAGAAUUUUGCUCAGUUAACUGUGUCAGGAAGCCGUACAGAUGGGAAGCCAUGUCCUCCUUUUAAAAUUGUGAUUCUGGAUGAAGCAGAUUCCAUGACCUCAGCUGCUCAAGCAGCUUUAAGAAGAACCAUGGAGAAAGAGUCUAAAACCACACGAUUCUGUCUCAUCUGUAACUAUGUCAGUCGAAUAAUUGAACCCUUGACCUCUAGAUGCUCUAAAUUUCGCUUCAAACCUCUCUCAGAUAAAAUUCAACAGCAGCGAUUACUAGACAUUGCUGAUAAAGAACAUGUCAAAAUUAGCAAUGAGGGAAUAACCUAUCUUGUUAAAGUAUCAGAAGGAGACUUAAGAAAGGCCAUUACAUUUCUUCAAAGUGCUACUCGAUUAACAGGUGGGAAAGAGGUUACAGAGAAGGUGAUCACAGACAUUGCUGGGGUAAUACCGGGAGACACUAUUGAUGUCCUAUUUGCUGUGUGUCAGAGUGGGUCAUUUGACAAAUUAGAAACUGCGGUGAAGGAUUUAAUAAAUGAGGGACAUGCAGCAACUCAGCUGGUAAAUCAACUUCAUGAUGCUGUUGUAGAAAAAGAUGAUCUUUCUGAUAAGCAGAAGUCAGUCAUAACUGAAAAACUUGCUGAAGUGGACAAGUGCUUAGCAGACGGUGCUGAUGAACACUUGCAACUGAUUAGCCUCUGUGCUACUGUGAUGCAACAGCUGACCCAAAAUUGUUAAAUUUUUUGUAUGUGAAAUAAAUUUACCAGUACACAUUUUAAAGUGAAUAUACAAUUUAUUAAACAUUCAAACUUCAUUAAGACAUGUGCAAUAUGGCAAUUUUACUUGGGGUUAUACCCUACUAAGAUAUGAUUGCUUGCUGGGGCUUAGCAACAGGGUCCAGUUCACACUUAGCACUAAUUAAAUACUUUAUUGAAUAAAUACAAUACCAAAACAAAAUGCAUUCAAAUGCUUCCUAGAAAAAAAAAAGGUCAAUCUUAAGGGCCUGUCUAUUGA